AUGUGCGGUGUAUGUUCAUUUUUCGUUGUGGUUCUGUUCUUUACUUUAUCGUUUCAACACGAGUUAAAGUGCUUCAACUACACAACCGAAAUUCCCUGUGAUUUCCCCGAUACUGUGAACGUGUUAGAAGUGAAAACAGAAUCUAAAAAAUACGAAAAUGGAAAAUUUCGAUUUUUAAGAGUAUUAGAAAUCGUGGGAAAUUCUUUGGAAGAAAUUAAAAUUGAAAAUACUAAGGCUUUACGUACUUUAUCAAUUACUGCCAGAAAUAAAUGGAAGGAAAUAAACGAAGAUACUUUUGGAAAUAUAACGAAAGUUUCAAAAUUUUUUUUUAAAACUGAAUCCCUCGAUUUCAUCGACAAGGAUACAUUUAAAAAGAUUGAUGUGUCAGAUGUUUAUUUACAAGAUAAUUGUAUCAAACGUAUACAUGAUGAUGCAUUUCCCAGAAAUUCAUCGCUAAUAUCCUUGAACUGUUCGAAUAAUUUAAUUGAAUCAGUUAAUUUCCUCAAAAAUCUUAUUAAUUUGAGAACUUUAUAUUUAUCUUCAAACAAUAUAUCAUCUAUAUCACCGGAUAUAACGAAAGAAUUUAUGCACUUACAAAUAUUUUAUAUCGAUAACAACAAAAUUACACAAUUAAAUUUUCUACAAAAUUUACCUUCGUUAUUAAAAAUAUUUAUAAACCGAAACAAAAUCGAAACUAUUCCUUUGAACAUUUUAACACAGUCUAUUCAACUAAUCGAAUUAAAUUUAUCCGAUAAUUUAAUUAAAACGAUUGGAACAGGUACAUUCGUGGAUAAACCUAAACUGAAAUGUCUCGAUCUUAGCAAUAAUCAACUCGAAGUUGUCGGCGAAAUUUUCCACAGCUUUAAAUCACCGAUUGUAAACCUCAACAAUAAUUCCUUAACUCACAUAAAUUUAGAAGAUGCACAUUUAACACUGUUUAUCGAUGAUAAUAAAUGGGAUUGCCAGUAUUUACGAGAAUUAUUUACAUUUAACAACAUAACAUUUAAAUAUACUUCAAAUAACACUAUUCCCAACGUAAACGGAGCCAAAUGCAUUAAUUCUACCAAUUAUAAUAUUAACAUUACGACCAAUAAUAAUCUUAUGGAGAUUUUUUAUGUUGUUGCUUUAAUUGGAAUUGAUGUUAUGUUGUUAAUUGUGUUUACACUAUCCGUCAAAAUUUGUAUUUCUAGAGAAAAUAAUAAAGAAAAUGGAAGUGAGGUUGCGGGUGAUAUUAUUAUGUCUACACUUGAUGAAUCAGGAUAUUCUGUCCCUAGAGACGGAUACCAAGCUUGUAACAUUUAUAAUGAAAUUGUUCCUACUGUUGAAGUCAACCAGGAAAAUACAUAUUAUAUCAAUACAGAAUAAUGAACAACUUCUUCUUAUUGGAUUAUAUUUAUUUAUAUUAAUUUAUUAACAAUUUAUAUUAUAUGUUUUGAUUAAAUAAAUAUUUA